AUAUAAAAUUCGAUUAGGGCCGUCGAUAGGAGUGUUUUGCUGCUCGAAAAUUGUUCGAGCUACGGCUAGUGGAGUCGAGCUUUGAUCCAAGCCGAGCUUGGGCAGCUCCAUCGUCUCAUUUGCAUCCCUAGUCUGCAAUAAAGGCAGUCUCUCUCCCAUCGUCUUCUUCUUCACGAGUUGAAGCCAUGGCUCUCAUCAGACGCCCUUUCCUCCCCUCUUACCGUCCUCUCUCCACCAUCACCUCUUUCCCAUCUCCACUCCUCCAUCGACCCUACGACGAAUCCUUAGAAGAAGAAGAAGAAAAGGAGUUGGAAGCAGAAAGUAUAACCAAUCGCUCCUACUGGACGAAGCGCAUCCACUUCCUCUGCUCCACGGCCGGCGACCCCGACGCAGCCCUCCGCCUUCUCCAUCGCCUCCGCCUCCGAGGCUUCGUCCCUGACUCCCUCAACCUUUCCAGUGUAAUCCACUCCCUCUGCGACGUCGGCCGCUCCGACGAGGCCCACCGUCGCCUCCUCCUCUCCACCGCCGCCGGCUGGCUUCCCGAUGACCGCACCGCCAACGUCCUCCUUGCCCGCCUUCUCGACGCCGCCACCCCUUCCCUCACCCUCGCCGUCCUCCGCCGCCUCGCCGACGCCAAACCCGCCUUCGCCCCUUCCCUCACCAACUACAACCGCCUCGCCGACCACCUCUGCUCCCAAGGUCAACCCUUCGAGGCCCUCGGUCUCUUAUCCGACAUGAAGACCCGUGGCCGCCUCCCGGACGCCAUCACCUACACAACCCUCAUCAAUGGCUUCUGCCGGGCCGGGGAACUGCACGAGGCCCGCCGCCUGUUCGACAAAAUGCUUAAAGGUGGCAUCUUGCCUAAUUCUCUCACCUACAGCGUCCUAAUUAAAGGAGUCUUAAGGAAGCGGAGGCUCGACGAGGCGAGGGAAUUGAUGAUGGAGCUUUGGCCGAAGAUGGAAGAGGAGAAGGACCCAUCGGUUAACAGUGCGGCAUUUGCCAAUUUGAUUGACUCCCUGUGCCGAGAAGGAUUCAUUCAUGAGGUCUUUAGAAUUGCAGAAGAGAUGCCGCAGGGGAAGAGCCUCCCAGAGGAGUUCGCCUAUGGGCAGAUGAUGGAUUCGCUCUGCAGGGCUGGAAGGCAUCAUGGGGCUUCCAGAAUUGUGUAUAUAAUGAGGAAAAGAGGCUUCUUUCCAAGCUUGGUUUCCUACAAUUGUAUUGUCCAUGGUUUAAGCAAGAAUCGAGGUUGUAUGAGGGCUUAUCAAUUAUUUAAGGAAGGGAUCGAGUUUGGAUACUCACCGUCGGAACCUACUUACAAGGUGCUUGUCGAGGCUCUUUGCAAAGAAAUGGAUCUCCACAAGGCCAAGGAUGUGGCCGAAUUCAUGUUACAAAAAGAUAGUGUUGAUAAGACGAGAAUCUACAAUAUAUUUCUGAGUGCUCUGCAUCUUGUGGACAAUCCAAGUGAGCAGCUUAAUGUCCUCAUCUCAAUGCUUCAGAAGCAAUGCCAGCCUGAUGCUAUUACUCUUAAUACUGUUAUCCAUGGCUUCUGCAAGAUUGGAAAAGUCGCUGAAGCUAAAAAGAUCAUGAGUGACAUGUUGAAUGGGAACUUCUUUGGUCCAGAUGUGGUGACCUUUACUACCAUUAUUCGUGGGUUGCUGGAUGUUGGCAAUUCAGAAGAAGCCCUUGAUAUGUUGCAAAGGACAAUGCCCAAAUGCCAUUGUUUUCCAAAUGUCGUGACUUACAAUGUGGUUCUAUGUGGCUUAGUUAAGCUUCAGAAGGUUGACAAAGCAAUGGAAAUUUUCAAUGAUAUGGUCAGCAAGGGCAUCGCUGCUGAUAGCACAACUUACACAGCAAUAAUUGAAGGCUUGUGUAACAUCGAUCGGCUCGAAGAGGCAAAGAGAUUUUGGGAUGAGAUAGUUUGGCCUUCAAAGAUCCAUGACAAUUAUGUUUAUGCUGCGAUCCUUAGAGGUCUUUGUCACAUGGGGAAACUGGAUCAGGCCUGUGAUUUUUUGUAUGAACUGGUGGAUUGUGGGGCUGCUCCAGGGAUUGUGAACUACAACAUCCUCGUCGACAGUGCUUGCAAACAGGUAAAGAAAGAGGCUUAUCAGAUCAUGGGUGAGAUGAGAAAGAAUGGGUUGAAGCCUGAUGCUGUAACUUGGAGGAUUUUAGAGAAGUUGCAUGAGAAACAAAGCAAGGAACCAACCUUUGAUAGCCAAAGUUUAGAAUGUAGAGGUCUCAAAGAGGAGACAGUGAUGACAGGAGAAUUUGAGGAUGAAACUAUUUUAAAAAUCAUAGAUGAAGAGAAGGAAUGCAUCAAUAGGUCGAGAAUCAUGGAGACCCAUUGGAGGGCCUUUGUAGAUCCAAGCCUUUCUGCUAAACUAGUUGAAGAGGAUAAGACAGUGAGGCCGAUAGAGUUGUCAAUAAAAUUGAUUUAA